GAUUUUUUUGAAUUUUUUCUUUCGUAUUCAAGAGAACAUAAAUAAGUGUGAUUGUGACGGUCCGACGGACAACAUCAAAGAAGAUCAACCUUGCCCCUCCAACCCUCAGAGACUCAGUAAGAGCUCAAGUGCAUAUGAUAUCCAACAACCUCAACCUGAAGCACUGUAGCAUCGGAGAUCGUUGAGGAAGCCAUCUAGUACACAAUCCACAAUCCCAUUUCUUGGCUACCUGAUCAUUGUAUGCAGCACACUACCUGUUUGACAAUAUUCCUCCGAGAAAGCUGGGUUUUUGAAUUGCAUGGAGGUUUUCUGUUGUAACAAGCAUGCUGCCGCACUAGGAUAUUAAUCUUUUGCAACAAUGAAUAUGAUAAUGAAAGCAGCAAACCUUCGCAAAUCUCUUCCGGAUUUUCAUUAUCGUCUCUUCCAGUUUCCUUCAAUUCAUACAUACUCCUCACUGCAACCGCUAGAAGAAGCUGUCAAAGCUGCAGUCGAAGUCAAAUCCUACCAACAAAUUCCUGAACUUAUUUCCUCAAAAGAAGCUUGCCGAAAAGGAAAUCCAUUCUCGUUCCUCUCGACCUUUCCCCUGAACCUCAGAACCAAAAUUAUUGAUGAAAUUUUGCAGUCCUUUAUCCAUCUUAGACCCCGCUCUCGCCCCCAGAUUGCUUAUGCGUGCCUGCUUUCAUACACUCUCCAAAGCUCCAAACCCCUCCCUCUUGCACUGGCAAUCAUCCAAAGAAUCCUGCACUCUGGCUGCGUUCCUGUCCCCCAAACUCGCCUCCUCCUCUCUUCUGCAUGGCUGGAGCGCCGGGGCCAAUCGGAGUCUGUCCCUAACAUCCUGGUGGAGAUGCAAUCAAUUGGAUAUUGUCCUGACUGUGGCACAUGUAAUUACCUUAUAUCAUCUCUCUGUGCUGUUGAUAAGUUGGCCGAGGCAGUUAAAGUCUUGAAGGGCAUGGGUGGGGCAGGAUGUGUUCCUGAUCUGGAGAGUUAUGGCAUUGUGAUAAGGGCAAUGUGCAGAGUCAGAAAAACUGCUGAUGCAGCAGAGAUGCUGAAGCAAAUGGUGGUGAGAAUGGGAUUAACACCAAGGCAGGAAACAGUGGUGAAAGUGGCAGCGGCAUUGCAGGCAAACAAAGAGAUAUGGAAAGCAGUUGAGAUGGUUGAAUUCUUGGAGAGAGAGGGUUGCACUGUUGGCUUUGAAAGCUAUGAGUUGGUCGUUGAGGGUUGCUUGGAGUGUGGUGAGUAUUAUUUGGCAGGAAAGGUGGUGAUGGGGAUGAUGGAGAGAGGGUUUAUACCAUAUAUAAGGGUCAGGCAAAAAGUGGUUGAGAGACUCACUAGUAUUGGGGAAUGGGAGCUUGCUUGUUCUGUGAGGCAAAGAUUUGCAGAAUUAAGGUCUUAGCACAUUGUAGGUCUUCUGGGAGUGGGUUAAUUAUAGUUUUCAGUAUGAAAAAUACUAGGUAUAUUUUGCAACAGAUAUGUGGAAUCUGAACUAUGGGUUGCAUGUUUUUUUCUCAGCCACCUUGCUGCAUUACCGUCGAUGAAAAAUCCUUCUCUGCAUACAAUGCUCAAAAGAGGGCAUUGGAGAUAAAAUCCAUCGUCCUGUGGUGAUGCUCAUCUCUGCAUACAAUGAUCAAAGAGGGUGUUGGAGUUGAAAUCCAUUGUCCUGUGCUGUUAUAGCAGAACAAGUUUGUGUUUUUCAAAGAUACACUAUAUGUAAAAUUAUGAAACUUGGCAGGAGAAAACAUGCUCAUUAUGCGCAUUAUAAUGAAAAUCCAGACUGAGAUUGAGAAUCAAGAGUGUUAAUGGAAGGCUUCUGUUGAUUUGUCCAA